AUGGACACCCUUGAUAUCUACAGCUUGACCUUCAACUGUGCAAGGAACCUUGUCGAUGUCGACAACUUUGCGCAACAUUUCUUUGAUGCACUCCCCGCGUCGGGUGCGGGGAGCUCCGCACCAGAUCUGAUAUUCCUCUCUCUACAAGAAAUCGCACCUAUCGCCUACUCAUUCCUAGGAGGAUCUUACCUCCAUCCCUAUUUCGAUGGAUUCCGACGUGCAGUCAGCAAAGCGGCCGCACAUCGUUGGGACCACCACUACGAGAAUUUCCUGAGCGACAAUACAGGCAUGACCGGGCUGAUGCUGUUCGCACGCCACGAUACCCUCGAACAGAUCGCCUGGAAGGACACGGCACAUGUUGGUUUCGGUGUUUCGGAAAUGGGAAACAAGGGUGCUGUCGGGGCUCGCCUGGGAUAUGUAGUGGAAGCGAACCCGACCAGGACUGUUGAUCUCACUUUUGUUGCGGCGCAUCUGGCCCCCAUGGAGGAUUCCUUUGAGCAGAGGAAUAUGGAUUGGAAGAGUAUUGUCGAGCGCCUUGUGUUCACCCGCUACUCAGACGGGCCACCAGAGUUGGAGGCGACCGAACACACCGGCCUCCUGAACGACGCAGCCUUCGCACACUCGGAUCACAGUCGUCGCGACCUCUUCGCGCCAAACGCCUACCUCUUUGUCGCUGGAGACCUCAACUACCGCACCUCCAACACCGGACCGUCGCUCAAGGAAAUCGUACAUUUCCCACGCCGCAACGCUGGCCUGGACGACCCAUCGCACUACACACAGCUUCUGAAGAACGACCAGCUCACGCGCGAGAUGCAAUCCGGCCGAUGCUUCCAUGGGCUAACAGAAGCGCCGAUUGACUUCCCCCCGACAUACAAAUACUCCGACGCAGCACGCGAAGCAGCACGACAAGGAUGGAACACGGACCAGGAAUGGAAAUGGUCCAGCCACCGCUGGCCCAGCUGGUGUGAUCGAAUCCUCUACCUGGACACGCCCUCGUGGGUGGGCGAGGGGGGAAAGUACAAACAUUUGCAUACGAGGCACUGCCCCUCUUUGCACAGUCAGAUCACCGCCCCGUUGCGCUCGUAG